GUAACGUCCAUAGGUACGUGUCAACUCGGUCGUCUUGGGCGCCCCGUUUUAUUUUUCCCAUCCGUUCCUUUUUUCGUUUCGGAUGGGGCUCAAAACGCGCAGGCGCUGCUAAGAAACAAAAAGAGACUCUAUUUUCCCACACUCCAGUACAUAAACUGAUCUAGACCAUGAACUUACCCAGCCAUCUCCAGGAUCUUAUCCGUAACGGAGCACACAUUGAAAUCAUUGUCGAUAAUGCGAAACCUCAGGGAGUCAAGAGAAGGAGGGGGAGCAACCCUUCAUUGUCUCCGCGCAGUCUUACAAAACACGAGAAGGCGGAACUCCGUUGGGAUGCCAUCCCACAGACCGCUCCAAUGAAAAUACCGGGGCGUGGUUGGCAGACGUGCUCCCCAACUCCGAGCUACAAAACAAGUCUGACCCAUUGUCAAUCCAUGAGACAAACCACGGCUGCAUCCGCCAAGCACUUGCAAGCACUAAUGAAUAUAUCUGCUUUGCCGCUGAAGGUACCACAAAGACGAAGCAGCUUGGAAGAUAUGGACAGCAAGAUUUCUACGGCAGAUAUGAUCGCCAAGGUGCUGGAAGAAAUCGACUUCAAUGCCGAUGAGUUCCAAUCAGAUUUCGAAGACGAGAGUGACGACGAAUUCUGCCAGUGCGCUCCUGAGCAAGGAUCGGCCAGAACCGCACGAAUUGGUUGACGGUGCCGUUUCUAGAUAGAAUUCUCCUACCCCUCACUUCCAUGCGAUUGUUUCAAUGAUGAUUCAGCAAAGAUGUUUCUGCUCUCGGAUUGGUCUACAUUGCCGGCAUCUAUCGAGCAUCACGAUGCGGUUCGCAAACAUAGCCCAAGGAAUCUUGAUUGCGGGCUUGGGACGCCAUGUCAGUCCUAUCAACAAAGAGUAUUUAGAGGGCACCCGUUCCUUGUCUUGUCGAGUUUUUAACGGUCUCAGUAUUCUUGAAGAUAGAAAGUCUCCGAGCUAAGUAUUCCAAUAUAUUAGGACAGGCACAAA